AUGGCUCACGCAUCCGUCGAAUCUGUGGUCCUGGAGACGACAGCUGCUGGACCACCAGCCUCCGUUUCGCCGGCUGUACCAAUUCAGAUACAGAAAGUCAAGGGCAAGAAGAGGUUUAUACAAACUCUACAGCGCAUGUCGUCGUCCCCAUCUCUGGCCAAGCUUGGUAGGACACCAUCUUCAGGUUACAGAACUGGAGGAAGGGCCUCGGCUUCCUGCAUAUCACUCUCUUCCGGCUCCGCAUCUUAUGGCUCGUACGGAAACUCGCUGGCUUCUGAGCUCUCUGUCGGAUACUCGACAGCCCCAACCUCAGCCGCCACCACCCCGGGCAUUCCCUUUCCCUCCUUCGAUGAGAAGAUAGCUCGUUCCCGUUACCUUGGUUCUGUGCCCGUGCCCGACUUCAGAACUACCACGAGAAUCGCUGAAGAGGAGGACUACUUCUCCAUACCCGUACACAAGCCCGUGGAGAAGCCCAAGUCUUCUUUCAACUUCUGGAAGGACCUGCCAUCCGAGCUGGCUAUGCAGAUUCUUUCCUAUCUUGAGCCUCGAGAAGUCGUCAGAUGUUCAGCUGUCUCCAAACAGUGGCACAGCAGAUGUUUCGAUGGUCAGCUCUGGUCUAUCCUCGACACCUCUGACUUCUAUCGUGAUAUCCCCGCCAAUGCACUGAUCAACAUCGUCACCUCUGCUGGCCCCUUCGUUCGCGACCUUAAUCUGAGAGGAUGUGUUCAGCUUAGGGAACAAUGGCACGCAAAAGGUCUAUCCGGAGCUUGCAGUAAUCUUGAAAACUUCUCUCUGGAGGGGUGCCGCAUUGAGAAGACUGCCAUCCAUUGCUUCCUUUUGCAGAACCCCAGGCUCGUAUACAUCAACCUCUCAGGCCUCGCCGGUGCCACAAAUUCGGCUAUGAAGGUCAUUGCCGAAAACUGUCCCAAGCUUGAGCAUCUCAACGUUUCUUGGUGCAAUAAUGUUGACACCAGAGGGUUGAAGAAAGUGGUAGAAGCCUGUCCUGAUCUUCGCGACCUUCGUGCUGGUGAGGUACAUGGCUGGGACGAUGUUGAACUCAUGCAGCUUCUCUUUGAACGGAAUUCGCUUGAACGUCUUAUUCUGAUGAAUUGCGAUUCAUUAAAUGAUGAAUCCUUGUCAGUCUUGAUGGAGGGACAAGAUAGCGAGAUGGACUACCUGACUGGCAGACGCAUUGCUCCUCCUCGAAAGUUGAAACACCUCGAUCUAACCAGGUGCCGUGGAAUCAGCCACAGAGGUCUUGAAAAGUGUGUCGACAGGCUUCCAGAGAUGGAAGGCUUGCAACUCAACAAGUGCCAUAGCAUCACUGAUGGCGUUCUCUCAUCCAUGCUGAACGGCAUGCCCAAACUUACGCAUCUCGACCUGGAGGAGCUUACCGAAUUGUCCAACGCAGUACUGCAGUCGCUUGCAACUGCUCCUUGUGCAAAGGUUCUGCGACACAUUUCCAUCUCAUACUGUGAGGAGUUGGGCGAUGUCGGUAUGUUGCCUGUACUAAAGAAUUGCACCAACUUGGAAAGUCUUGACAUGGACAACACUCGCGUGUCUGAUUUAUCCCUCGCCCAAGCAGCAGCCAUGGUGCGUGCUCGUGCAACACGAACCACUCAAGCCAAGCAACAGCCUGCUGUCGGUCUACGCCUUGCUGCAUACGAUUGCCAGAACGUGACAUGGACCGGCAUCCGCGAGGUACUAUCACGAAAUGCAGAAGUGAUUUGCAAGACAGUAAAGCCCGCGCCAGCAUCAAAUUCCGACAGUGCAGACGUCUCAUCUGGCACGCCUCAACCGCGGACCGUCCGCACCUACCCUACACAAAUCAUCCAACUCAAGUGCUUCUACAACUAUCAGCCCACAGUCGAAGAACAUACCAAGCGCGUACUACGGGGUGACUUCUCAGCCGCCACACGUCUUGAGCGCAAGUGGGCUGAGUUCAUGAUCGCUCAGGAAGAGGCCGGUGCCAGCGGUGCCGGUGCGCGCAGACGCCGUCGUCGCGCUCGCGAAGCUCAAAUGAUGCAUGCAGACGAAGAAGAAGACAGCGGUGCAAACGGUGGAGGCGCCGGUGUUGGUGGAGGUCGCAGACGUAGAGCCAGAAGCGGUGGUUGCGUUGUCAUGUAA